ACCCUGCAAUUGGAGUUAUGGGUAAUAAGAUUCAUAAGAAUACGAGGCUGAUCAACAACACGGAUGAAGUUAUGGAGAUCAGGGUGUUUCGCGGAUUAAUUACGGGCAUGGGCAAGAACUAUGUCAUCGAAUCUCAUCAACACACCGACAUCGACGGGACAAUGUAUGACGGGGCCGACAGCCGAGGAGGGCCGCUUCCUUCAGUGAUGAUUUUCUGUGACCGAAGAAUCCCUCUGAGAUCGUCCAAAGGAGAUUUGGUGUUGCCUGGAGAACAAUUUUUUAGUUUCAAAACCGUAACUAUUGAUCAAGUACCGGAAGACCAAAAUUCGACUGGAGUUGUCAACUACGAAGUUAAAUUUCAAGAACCACGAGAUGCCUCUGUCGUCAGCGCUAAGUCUCUUAAGGCUAUGACCCUGAAUCCUUCAAAGUUAUUUGCCAAUAAUAUUGUCCAUGAUCCGGAGACUUCAUUAUUGAAUAUGGUUCUGAAGUUCUGGCCCAGAACCUUUACAGAUUUGAACCGCAGAGAUGAUUUGGAGAGAACCGUUGGUGUUGUGAAUAAUCUAAUGCGCCAAGCGAAGUUGUAUAACGUUGAUCGAUCAAAAGUUGAAGUUGCCAAGGUGGUGGAGAAAGUUCGUGUCCUUAACGAAUUGUGCGCCGCCAAGGUGGAAUGGUAUCGCCCUUUAUUCCCGGGGAUGGAGAAUCAAUUUCCGCCAGUGGCGGAGACGAUGGCUGAAGUUGAUCAGGAGAAGCUGAAAAAGUUUGCAACUACCAUCGAACCUCUGCUACGGCAGCCAAACUCCUUGCUUGGAAGGAGCAGCUGAAAGUCAUGUCUCUUAGGGAACUGGAUAUUUAUUCUUAUGAUGACUGUUUGUGGGCUAUUUUGUUAAACUUCUGCUCUUUUGUUCUAACGGGUAUGUAGUUUAUAUCUAUCCAAUUUACGUAGUUGUGGUUUGUAAUGCGGUGAAUGCCCGCAUAAUUAACUUUGACAAUCUUUCAGUGAUUGGGUUUGACUUAUAUCUUGUUCGGUUAAAAA